UUUUUUCAUGUAACACCAACGUCAAUCAUAAUUUCGUUAUUUUUAUGAUCUCAAGAGAGGUAGCGGAUUUAUUACACAAAGAAUUUAUUUCGGCUCUUUUUUCUGUCUUGAACAUCUAAGUGUAGGCAGAUCAAAAGUUUCUACGUUCUUGUUGCUGUUUAUAGUUUUUUUUCUGUUUUGUUUUUGUUGUUUGAUUAAAAAGCUAAAAAAAUGAACAAUUCUAAUAACAACAACAACCGAAUGAAUAUCGAUAGAGAUUCAUUUACAAACAACACUUCGACUAGUAAUGAUAAUCAUUGGAAUUCAAAUACACGUUCACGUGCAUUAGAUGAAUUUGAUCGUCGUUUUAAUGAGCUUAAAUUAAAAUAUCCGGAAUUGACAUCAACAUCAUUGCGAUCAAAAAUGUUUGAACCAACGGCUGCUCAGCAACAUAAUCAUUAUCAACAAAAUCAACAGUCACCGUCACAGGAUAAUGCCAAUGUUCCAAAUACUGAUUCUACACAGCAAUCGUAUUAUAACGAUCCUAUUGCUGAUUUUAUGAAAGAUUCACGCUUUCAUCAUCCACAUCAUCAUCCUCAAUCAAUGUUUAAUAAUAUGGAACCAUCAUCAUUUUUCCGUUCACGUUUUCCUGAAACAAGAUUUCAUCAUCAUGAUACAUUUUUCAAUGAUCCAAGUGAUACAAUCAAUAGUGAUGAUCAAAAACAACAGCAGCCUAAAGUGCAUCAUAUCCCGAUUCAGAUUGAAUCACGUACUGCUAGUGAAAUGGCUAAUUCAGCCAAUGCAUUAAGAUCGCAAUCAAAUAUAGGAUCUCGUGAGCAAUCCCCAAUGCCAGUAUCAUCACCAUCAAAUGCUGACUAUCAUCAACAACAACCAGCUCAACAUUUAAAUUCUUCGCAUUACGCUCCUCCUGUUCCACCACCUACACAUUUUCAGCAACCACAACAAUUACCAAUGAAGAAUGAACAAUCAUUUACACGAUCAUCGGCUAGUCCACGUAUGGUUCGUUCAGUUCCAAUACAGAUUAGUAAAUCUAAUUCAUCACCAUCUGCAACAAAUGAACGACCACCACAACAACAUCAGCAGAAUAUUCCAGUAAAUGAAUCAUUAUCCGAUCCAACAAUAGCCGAUCCAAAUAAAGUUUAUGCAAUGAGUUAUGAACCAAUCAAAAAGAAUGAAUCGACACCGGAAUCUAUAGCAUUUUCGGAUAAAGAAAUACCCAAGGUUGUGCCAUUAGCUUAUGAAUCGGUAAUUGAAAGUAAACAAGCUGCCCAAAUCAAUCAACAGAAUGCCCCACCAACAGCUCUUCCACCCCCUCCAUCAUUCUCAUCAAAUGAUGACGUUCAACAUGAAAAACAAUCAAAUGAACCAUCAAUUAGCCCAAAUCAACAAACAGAGAAAAAAGAAGAGACACCAUUCGAUUAUAUUGAUGAAAUAUUAGAUGAUCUAAAAAAUUGGGAACAACAAGUACAUGAAUGUCAAGCGACAACUGCCGAUGACAAAGGAUAUAAAUGGUUAGAUGAAAUGCUUACAUUAUGUGUACUUCGUCUUGAUUGUAUCAAUAUUGAUGGCGAUGAUGAAUUACGUAAAUAUCGGAAACAAGCUAUCAAUGAAGUGAAUCGUGUCGUUGCUUUAUUGGAAUCAAAAUUACAUUCAGAAAAAAAAUCUAAUUCGACUAAUGUUGAACAUAUUAAGAUUGAAGAUAAUGAUGACGGAAUGAAUAAAGAUAAUUCUGUUGAGAAAAUUGAUAAAAAGAAAGAUGGUAAACGAACAUUCAAGAUAUUUUCACGAAAAUCUAACAAACCAUCUUCUGCAUCAACUAAUUCAAAGGAUACUGAUUCAAAUAAUAAUGAUUUAAAAACAAAUGAUUCAGACCAAAGUGCCAACAAUACCAUUAAUGAUAACAGUGGUCAAAAGAUUGGCCGUGAAACUGAAGUGUAGAUUAUCAUUUCUUAAAUUGUUUUGCAAUAGAGAUAAGCAAAAGCUUUAUAUUAUUAUUGUUAUAAAGUAAUAUUUCUUGUAUGAAUCGAAAAUUUUAUC